AUCCAAGUCACGUGCGGCAGAGACAAGCCGAUCGCAGCUUGCUCUUGUCACUGGUUUCCAUUUUGCAACUAGUUCCUUCACGAGCCCGCAAGAACUCCUUCCGGAUCGCUAGCGACCUCCAAAGAAUGCCCUGAAUCCAUACGACAUCCACAAACUCGAACACCUCAUCAGCGAUCGACUGGCUACCACUGCGAUCAGCUUCCCCCUGGCAUGUAUGCAACCGAUUAGAAAGCGGCCCUCGACUGCGCCCCACGACUCCUUUGAGUCUGCUGCCGAAUGCGUCCAAACUCCCGUAUACAAUUACGUCCGACACUGCGUUUGUCCUUGCGCAUUUGGUGCUGUCUGUGGAGACGAUACUUCCCAAGGAGUCGUCGCUGGCAGCUGCUGUCUAAUCUGCAGAUGAGACGGUCUCUUCGUCCGACAUUCAGGCAGCGCUCGACGGGAUGUAUCCCGAUGGCGGUUUAUAUGCUUGGCUUGACGUUUUCGGGUGGUCUAUGAUGGCCAGGACAUGUAUGUCUUACUUGCUGCCAUACGUGGCAGGGUGACGACUCUCACGCUCCUGCGUCUGUCACGGAUACUCUCGGUCCGCUGGAAGGCAGUGCCCCAUGUCCUGCCUCGCGCCAAGAUGACCUUCUCAAGCUACACUGUCCAGAUCCCUCGCCCUCGAAGCGACUCAGGAUCUCAGGCUAUAUCUAUUGCAUCUGCGCGGAGGAUUUGGCGGACUGGUACUCUUGUCUGCCCUAACACGCGGUCUUCUGGGCCAGCGCUUAUAAGUGUGCCAGUUGCAAUGAGGACACCGUAGACUACAUCAGCUGCGGUUGCUGGUUUGGCUCUGUGUCCUUCUAUCCCCAUCUCUCCCGCAGCCACAACUAGCAGCGGGAACCAUGGGAUGCGAGCUGCAGGACUGCCUCGGCCUUUCGGACGAGUGCGUUUUAUCGAUGAGCUGUGAACGUCGGCUCGAGCUUUUACACCGUGCGUGGACCUGUACCAGACGGCCAUUUCCAUGCGCUGCAAAGCAGGUCUCCUCUCCUCAUCUUACAUGUGCCCGGACUCAUGACCGAGCUUGUCUCGGGCGGCUAUAGUGGCCAUUGAAUGCACCGAACUUGCAGACAUCCUCCGGCACGAUACUUCCACCUUUCCCUUGGGAAAAGCAUCGUGGGACGGGCGCUUUCUCACUAGUUGCCUGCACCACUCCAAACGAAUCACGUCGUCAUAUGGGCUACAGGUCCCUCAGUCCCUCCUCAAUGCAUACACGCUGCAAUUCCGUGUAUUCGCUGACGCUCAUUCUCACGGAUAGCGCUGGAUCGGUCGCAUGAAGCUCAAGUCCAAGAUCGUCAUCCUUCAGAAGCGAAAUUGUGGGAAUCUUACUCUUCAGAGACUGAACACGAACUGGCUGCCCCAAGGGCUGCAAAGUCAAAUUCCAGAGAACGCUGGGACACGGACGUAGCUGGCAGCUGGGCUCCUUCCAGACAUAUGCUCUGCGAUCAGACUGGCCUUGCAACCCGGUUAUGUCUCACGAACCUGAAGAACAUACCGUAUCCUAUUUCGCAUGGGGCUUGCAUGAACCAAAGCCACUCAUGCAUAAAUCGAAUCGAAACGGGUGAAACAGGAAGCAACGAGGUUUGCCGCCUGGAUCUGCGAUUGCAACAUGCGCAGGAGAGAAAGAGGUGGCCACGAUAAACCGCCUGCUCAUGAAGAACGUACCCCCAUGCUGCCAAGGCCUGGCCCCAGACAGGCCUGUGACUGGAAAGAAGGAUGGAACAAGCGCCCGAGCCGGGGUAUUUGAAUCUCAACUCCGUUGCCAGUAGUCCUCAAUCAUUGGUCGCUCUUCGCCCUCUCAUGCUCCUCCCGCAGGUGAACAACACCCUUACGCUCGGGUGCAUAGACGAGCCAUUGGACAACGCAAACGGGUCACUCUCUCGCAGCCUCUUCAGCAUUGUCUGGGGCUGUCUGUUGACCAUCUUUGCCUCUGUCUGGGUCUCGGUGCACCCAAAUGUACCCGCCCCGGGGAGGAAGGGAUUUUGGACCGUGACGGAGAGUGUCAAGCUCAUGCUGGUUGCUCUGGCGGCACCUGAGGUAGUGCUUUCCUUUGCCCUCCGGCAGUUCAUCUACGCUCGGACAUUGUAUCAAGCCCAUCGAACUUCCCCGGACUCCCUUUCGAUGACCCGCGCCUUCUUUUUCUCGAUGGGCGGAUUCAUCGACGCGGACGGCAAGGUCAUUGCUACCGAGAACCAGCUUAACGAGCCCGGUGUUCUCGAAGCUAUCGCAGCUGUGAAGCAAGCGGACAUCGAGGACAAGAGCAAGGGUGAUGCUUUUACGAAGAGCAUUGCACUGUUGCAGGGGUUGUGGUUCCUGCUGCAGAUGAUCGGCCGGGUUGUCCAGGGACUACCAGUCACGCAGCUCGAGGUGGCCACAAUGGGCUUCGCCGCGCUCACCCCGAUUGUGUGGCUUCUCUGGUGGCACAAGCCUCUCGGUGUGCAAAAACCGAUCGUCCUUCAAGUCCAUCUGAAGACGCCGAGUACCUCAGCGCGUGGCGACACCCUGUCGAAGGAGGAUGCGCAUCAGACCAAACUCUGGGCCAAGAGGCUUGCUGAGAGAUUAGAUGGCAUCCUAUUAGGCCAAUACCAAGUUCCGACGGGAGGAUUCGUCCCCACGUUUUGGUCUCAAAACAUCACAAGCCGUGAUCGGGAACUCACCUGGCAGCCUUUUUCUCUGAUGCAGUUCAGUCUACUUACACAAGCUGUAUUCGGCCUCAUUUUCGGAGGCCUUCACUGCGCUGCAUGGAAUAUCCACUUUCCCUCUGUGAUCGAAAAAUGGCUGUGGAGAAGCUGUGCCAUCUCGGUCUCGCUAGGACCCACCAUAUUCAUGGGCGUAUUGAACAUAUUUCACUUUUCAAGAGACAUCCAUAGCUCUACAUACGCACUCCUUGUGCUAGGGCCCCUUCGCCUCGGGAGCAUUGCAUCGAUCAUCCUCUAUGUCUUUAUUCGACUGGCUCUGGCCAUCCUGAUGUUUACCUCUCUCCGAGCCAUACCGAUUGGCGCUUUCUUGUCUGUAGAUUGGACUGGAUUUAUUCCCCACUUUUUGUAACAAGUAUGUACUACUG